UAAAUAAAAAUGCAUGCAUGCAUUAUGUAACAGUCCAAGAGAAGCGAUCAUAAGGCAGGGCAGAGGGUUUACCAUACCAUCUAUUUCUCAUUAAAGCAGCAUAAGUUUGGGAUAAAAUGUUCUUGUUUACCAUUAUGCACUGAGGCAUGGUUAAAAGGUAAAUAUUCUCAACCAACAUGGAACAGGCCUUUCUGUUUGCAAAGAGGUAAAAAGGCGGAAAAGAAAAAGGAUCUGAACCGGUUUCCAUGUCAAACACUUCAAUUCUCCAUAGAAACUCUGAUCUUAACGCAGAAACUUUAUUAAACCUUGAUGGUGGAUUGAUAAGGCCGAAUUUCUAUCGGUUCCUUUUUAUUGUGGAGACGGGGAGGGAUGACAGAGGUAAAUUGCUCUUUUAAUUAAACCAAUGCACCGAAGGAAAUUGCUGUCUGAAUAUUGUCUCAGAGAUGGGGCUUGUGACAGUUGCCUGGAAACUUCAAUCUGUCUCGCAUUUAUUCCAGAUCACAGUUUUGAGAUAAAGUUUAAUAAAAAUCUUUGCGCCAAUGAAAGCCUACCCUUUCACGUCCACCACCGCCACCACAAUGCGACAGAACUGCGGAGGAAGCCUAAUGUUUAACAUGUAUCUCUCAGACCCCACAGAAAAUCUUUUGAAGGAAAGCAAAAGCUCUUCUUGGACCCCCAUCAACACAGGAGUGCAAAAAGGAAGUGGACAAAUCCAGCUAUGGCAGUUUCUUCUGGAGCUGCUGUCUGACAGCGCCAAUAUGACCUGCAUCGCCUGGGAGGGCACCAAUGGAGAGUUUAAACUGAUAGACCCGGACGAGGUGGCCAGACGGUGGGGGGAACGCAAGAGUAAACCGAACAUGAACUAUGACAAACUGAGCCGAGCUCUGCGCUAUUACUACGACAAAAACAUCAUGACCAAGGUGCACGGAAAGCGAUACGCGUACAAAUUUGACUUUAACGGCCUGGCGCAGGUGUGCCAGCCCUCCUCAACCGAACAAGCUAUUUACAAAUUCCAGAGCAACUUCGCUCCCCUCCAGUUUUCGGGCAUUUCCAAACUCAGUCUGGUUGCUCCAGGUGCUGGUCCCUCGGGCUUCUCAUACUGGCCCGGAUCUCCUCCGACCCUCUAUCACAGCCACAACCUGCAGCCGCCAGGACCCUUCGGUGCUGUGUCUGCGUCACAUAUAAGUUGCGUUAACAAUAUCAACAGUUUAAAUAACCUGAAUAAUAUCAAUAGUCACUAUAACUGAUUUUUUUUUUUUUUUCAUUUGCUUCAGGAGUGUGCGCUGAUAGACUACAUAAGGCUAAUAUUCAAAAGUGCAACUGAUUUCAACAUUGUAGACUAAUAGUAGGGCCUAUUCCAAUCAUACCCCAGAUAAGAAAAAAAAAAAAAAAAUAGAAAAUGAAUCAUUCGAUUGCAAGGAUAAUAUGGGAAUGACAUUUGGUGGAUGUUGAUCACUUUAAGAUAAGAAAGCAAUUUAGCGCCAUCUUAUGGAAAAUAACACUAUCACUUCGUGACUGGUUAAUUCCUCAUUAAAAUCAGCUGGUCUUCGUAGUCUGCAGAAGUGAAGAGAAAAUGAACGCAAUGUUGGAGAAGUCUACAUGGUAUGAGAACAAAUGGUAAGAAGCAAAAAUGAAGAGUUCAAAAGCCUCUAAGUGCCAUCUGAAAUGAUCAUUUUUCUUCUCAGGCUCUCAUGUGCAGGUUCAGUAAUUUCACUUUAAUAGCAAUGAAUAGGUUAUUUUCAUUGCCAUUAAUAUUUAAUCCCACCGGUCACGAUAGUGACCGUAAAAAAGGUUUUCAUUUAUAAAGCUCUAAAAAGCUUACUGACUGAUAUUUUAGUGCACUUCCUGUAAAUAUGGAAAAAAAUAAAAGGUCUCAAUUAAAUAUGUGCAGUUUCACAUGAUUUGUGCAAAUUGUCACAUGACCAGAGCAGUUUAUUUCCUGUUUGCACCUUGAGAAGAUGAUAACUGCAUCAAAGCUCCAGAAAAAAAGGAAAAAAAAAAAAAGGCUAGUAAAGUAUGUAAACAUAAAGAAAUGACAAAGAUUUUUGGGACACAUUAUGUUUAAGGUGUCUAGUAUUCAUAUAUGAAUUCACAUAUAUUCCGUUUUGUUGAGUGUGGUCAUAGGAUGAGAAAACAUCUUGAUAGUGAACUUAGGUAUCAGUACAAUAUAAAGGUACGAUAUAAAUCCAAUUGCAGUUGUUAGUGGAAAUUACACUAAAAUGUUGCUAAAAUGACAAAAUAUUGCACUAAAUUGAAAGUUCAAAUGUUACAAAUAAAUGUUACAAUAUUGAUGUUGUAAUACUGGUAGCACUAACAAAAAAAAAAGAAAAAAAAAGAUAUAUUUUACAAAAAAGUAAAGAUUUAGAAAUAUGUUGAUGGUUGUAUAUUUUUGUCUUUUAUCUCGGUGUUCCUAUCAAUGUUGUGUAAGGGUUUUUUAAUGCAUAAUAGUAACCCUAGAAUGUGAUGAAACAGUUUAAAACAGCUGGGGUAAGAUAUAUAAUAAUUUUUAUGAGUGCAGAAAUAUGUUAUUCCAGUACACACAUUGUCCCACCGGCCACAUUUGUGACCGAUCAUAAAACACAAUUUUUUACACACUUUUCCUAAAAAUGUUCAAAAAAUAAUUAUUGAUUAGGCUAUUUCAAAGGGUUACUAAUGACCCAUCAUUUGGAUAUUUUCAUGUCUGGGAAAAAUUUUGGAUUAAACGGGUUGAAGUGAAAAUUGAACGGGAGCCUGAGAAAAAUGCUUCAGAUGUCACUUAUAAGCUUUUGCAUCUGAACUCUUCAAAUAUGUUCGCUACUACACUUAUGUAAAGCGCUUUGAUAUUUCGUUAUUUAUUUAACGUCGACAUUGACUCGUGGACGGUGUCUGAAUAUUGGGCAUAGGGCUACAUUUUAAGAAGCGUAUGUCCUAAUAAACCCUAAAGAAUUAAUUUUUUUGUUUCGUAUGGUCCACUUAAGCACGCAAAGAGUCUGUGUCCUUGCCUUGUUUUCAUUCAAUUGAUUAUUUAGUUAUAAUGUAUUUUGC